AGAGAACAAUCCACAUCUAUCUGAACAAAAGGAAAUCAUUCGCCGAAGCAAAAAAACAAAAAAACAAAAACAAAAGGCCUGCCAUGUCUAACUUUUGAAUGAAAUAAAAUCAUUCAUCUGGAUAGACUGUAUCCUCAUGGAAGAAUGUCAUUUACAGAGAAUCAGUAACUUCACUCAAUUUUAAUUUUCAGAAAGGAGGAUGUUCUUCCUCGACUGUUUUUUUUUUAUCAUUUUUGAACUACAAUGCACUUUUACUUCUCGCUGGUUUGUUUUUGAGUUUGAAACAAGAUGAGGAUUUUAUGUAUUGAAAAAUACCUUGUGAGAAUAAACCAAAAUAUCUUCAGUGCUUUGUUGGUAUGGUAAAAAGACAUUAGUAAUAAAAGGUGUCUCAAAGCUGCCAUUGAAACACUUUCUGCGGAAAGAAGACUGAAGCAGAAGCAAAAAUACGUAAGCUAAACUUGCACAUUGUCAUCAAUUUGUCGUCUUUCUUUUCUAAACUCUACAGAAUCCUCUCUCAGAAUUUCAUGUGGCGCCUUUCACAGAUUCCAUGUAAUGGAAAAGACAGAGCCAGGCUACUUUGAGCAAAACCAUAAUCCAUGUUUCAGUCAGUGGUCCCACUUUUUGAAUUUUUUGUGGUCGCUGGAGGUUGGCAGAAUACAAAUAAACAAAAUGGAAAAGAGUCAGGAAGUGGAGACUGGUAACUGAAAAAAAUAAAUUUUCAUGUGACAAGAAUAAAGACACAACAAAGGCAAUAAAGAAGCUAAGUAUAACAAAAAUAAAGGUCGUGUGCAUAACAGUAAGUGACCCAUCCUGACAUAAUAUCACAUUUUCGGAAGUCUCCCAGCCAUGGGUGCUGCCAGAGUCAAAAGACGUUUCAGUGCAGUAGUGGACACUCCGCUUGAUGAAGAGGAGGUGAUGAAGCUGGCACAGAGUGCAGCAGAAGCUGGGGGAGGGACUAGCACACCAAGCAGCCCGCCCCCUCACAAUGGGAAAGCCAUUUCACAAGAAAAUGGGGGGCUACACAGCACAAGCAGUAGCCAAAGCAGUUCGGGCGGGGAACAGAAGCGCCAGCGCCGGAGGAACCGCUUCGUGGGGAAGGAUGGGCGCUGCAAUGUCACCUUUGUCAACAUGAGUGAACGGAGCCAGCGUUACCUGACCGAUCUGUUCACAACCUGUGUGGACAUUCGUUGGCGGUGGAUGUUUGUGGUCUUCUCAUUGUCCUUCUUGCUCUCCUGGCUUUUAUUUGGAUUUACGUUCUGGCUUAUAGCAUCUACACAUGGUGAUCUUGCUCCCCCUGCUAUUGGAGCACCUGAGCCAUGCUUUCUCCAGGUCAACAGCUUUAUGGCGGCCUUUCUCUUCUCACUGGAGACUCAGACGUCUAUAGGUUAUGGAUUUCGAAGUGUGACAGAAGCCUGCCCCUUGGCAGUGCUUGCCGUUGUUCUUCAGUGCAUUGUUGGUUGCAUCAUUGAUGCCUUCAUCAUUGGAGCAGUAAUGGCAAAAAUUGCCAAGCCGAAGAAACGGAAUGAGACACUGGUAUUCUCAGAGAAUGCUGUAGUGGCACUUCGGGAUGGAAAACUGUGCAUGAUGUGGCGUGUUGGCAACCUACGCAAGAGCCACUUGGUGGAGGCCCAUGUCCGAGCCCAGCUGCUCAAGCCACGAGUGACCCCAGAAGGAGAAUAUUUACCUCUGGACCAUGUGGAUAUCAAUGUGGGUUUUGAUAAUGGUACAGACCGUAUAUUCCUGGUGUCUCCUGUGACCAUUGUCCACGAAAUCAAUGAGGACAGCCCCUUAUACGAGAUGAGUCGGCGGGAGUUGGAGCAAGAGUCCGAUUUUGAAAUCGUAGUCAUUCUUGAGGGAAUGGUGGAAGCCACAGCUAUGACCACGCAGUGCAGGAGCUCGUAUCUCAGCCAUGAGAUCCUCUGGGGACACCGAUUUGAGCCUGUUUUGUUUGAAAAGAAAAACUAUUAUCAGGUGGAUUAUUCCUACUUCCAUCGCACAUAUGAGAUUCCCAGCACACCUACCUGCAGCGCCAAGGACCUGGCUGAACAGAAGUACAUCCUGACUGCACGUACCUCGUUUUGCUAUGAAAAUGAUGUUGCCUUGAUGAGCCACAGCGACCUUGACCUGCCAAGUGUGGCCCAAAAUGCUGUAAUGGGGAAACACCACAGCGAAACUUCAACAGCUGAGGCUUCACCAGAACUCGAUCCCCGAGCCAUCAAGAGCCGUUGAACAGAGGCAACCUGAUUCUGAACCUGUACACUGUCAGUCUCUCGCUGGGUUGUCUCUAUAGGCAAUUCAGAGAAGCUGUUGCUUUCAUUGAUCACAUUUUCUAACCAGCUGUUUGCAGUGGUCUCAGACAGCGAUCUCAUUCACUUCUAAAGUAAAGCGUACCGUCUCAAAGCACUCCCUGCCCAUGUUUUUAAACUAAGCCAUGAUUUCUGUCGCUCAUAUUGUGCAGCUGAUAGUAAUAGCAGUAAUCCUGUUUGUUUCUUUUUACUUAAAGUAGAGCUCCUGACUGUCUGUUGCUAUUGCAUAUGCUGUAAAAAUGUGUAAACUGGACAAUUUCAGAAUCUGCAAUAACACGUUAGCCACAACACGUCCCAUUUUAAUAAAACAUAGUUCAUAAACUUUGCUUAUCAAGGAAUGCUCUUGCCAAAUUUUAAGGCAAACACUUUGAAACUAUAGCAUAAAAAUAUUAUCAUCAUCAUCAAAUUCUGCCAGUUCAAAGAUCAUAAAUAGUAUUUAAAAAGUAGAAGCUUCUAUGUUUCCAUUUAAAAAGUCACUGUAUUCUGGUCUUGCAUGUGUAAGACACUAUAAAAUAAUUACUCAUACUUGUGUGAAGGAUGCUCAUUGGCUUUAGAAUAGCUGAGACCUUAGGCAAGCAAUGCACUGAGCACCUCCUUAAUUAAUUCCAGUGAAAUCUCCAGAGCAGCAUAAGAAGUCAGCCAUUCUACAAUCGCUGCAGUGAGACUGCCAGACAGAAAUCCUACCAGACGUUCAGACUGCAUCGUCAUUACAUUAAAAGCAUGCAGAUCAUUUAUGUUUUUCAGUCUUUUCGGAAAUUAGGAAUUCUGUGGUCUUCUUUGGAGAGAUCAGAGCUAAAAAGGGCCAUUAAUUAAAUGGGGCAUUUUAUAUUUAUGCAACGUUUAGUUUUUACAUUUUCAAACAUGAUGGGUUUGUUGACAUCAUCUAGACAAAUACCACAUCUCAUUAACAACUGUUGCAUCUUUUCUAAUGGGCAAGCUAAUGGGUUGCCAAAAGUCUAUCUAUGGCAAGAGUACCUUUUGCUAGUGGCUGUUGAAACAUGAGCAAUAUAAAUGUAAUGCUUUUGGAACUAUAGAUUAAAUGUUCUCCUAGGGUUACAAAAACAUGGUAUUUUUACAAUUUGGGACCAUUAACCUCCAGCCCCAUAAAGGAACUUGUUUUACUUUGAGGCCUGUUUAUUUGAACUUGCAGACAGAACAUUGGCACAAGUGUGGGACUGCAGCUACAUUGAUGGCCUUGUUCAUGAAAGAGGAUUGUGAGAUUGAUGGGAUUGUUGCAGUUCUGCAGAUGUCAUGAGAGACUAUGGUGGUACAGUGGUAGGUACGUCCAUUGACUUAAACACCCCUAUCCUCCCCUAUUACCCCAAACUCUGAGUGAUGAUUGAAAGCACCUGAAGCCAAAAUGAGGCUCUUACACAAGGUUGCUGGGUCCUCUCUCCAUGACAAAGUAAUGAGACGAGCAAUAUGAGAGGACUUAGGAGUAGAUACCUCUGGAUCAAGUUGAGCUGGUUUGUGCAGAUACCCAAGACAUGCUAGGCAAAGACCACUGGUAGAAGACCUACAAAAGGACACAGGACACAAUGGAGGGAUCAUAUCUCUCAAAUGGUCUGAGUCUUACUUGAAAUUCCCAAAGAGGACCUGAGAAUAGAUUGUAGAUUGGUCUGUCCUGCCACCAUGACUCUCACUAGGAAAUAUGUGAAUGAAUGCUGGUGGAGUUCCAUCACACAUAUGAGAUUCCCAGCACACCGAGCUGCAGCGCCAAGGACCUGGCUGAACAGAAGUACAUCCUCACGGCAUGCGCCCCAUUUUGCUAUGAAAAUGAGGUUGUCUGGGAAUUUCACCAGCUAAGGUGUACUUUAGGAGGCUGUUAAGCAAACUCUGCCUGGACUAUUUUAAAACUAUAAACCAGCACUGAUUGUCCAAUUAUUUUAAAAUGUCAUAAUUUCUAGAAUUAAAUGUUUCUGCUGCAUUUGAACUGAUGCCAAAUGUGCAGGUCAUGGGAUCCAUUACAUAUAUAAUGUAAGUAAAUAAAAUGAUUUUGUAGAAUUGCUAAUGAACAUAAUCCAAAAAUGCAUUCACUUCUGUUUAAAAUAUACACUAUAAAUCAUUUAGCCCCUCAAUUAAUCUACAUACUGUAUAUAUAUAUAUAGUUCAUUUUCAGUCGAGGCCACUGAUAAUAACACAUCACUUAAAAGACAUCUCAGGAAGUAAGCAAUGAUGAACGCACCGUUUUUCUUUUUGUCUUAUAUCUCCACAGAUCUAGCGGAAUACAAAUACAGACUGUUUUUUAUCAGAACUCAAAAUACCAUCAAAAGUUAAGGAAACUGCUACAUAGAGAAAGUUACUAAUUUACAUUUUACUCUGGUUAAGUAUGUAAAAGAAAAAAGUUUUGCUGGUGUCAUUACAUUUUGGAAAAUAUAAGAAGUGAUUACACAAUAAAAUAUAAAGUGUGACAUUUAAUGGAGAACACUGUAAAGGGUGUCUAAAUAAACAUAAUGAUUUAUCAGGUA